AUGGCGCGAUACCUGGGCUCGGGCGACGGCGAGGGGCGUCCGCUCUCCCGCGGCGGCUCGUCCGCGGGGGCGCCGGGCCCGUCGUUCCCCCGGCGGCCCGGAGCGCUCCUCGGCCCCCGCGCCGAGGCGUCCGGGCCAGGCCGCCCCUCCUCGGCGCCGCGCCGCUGCCCGCGCGGGCCGGGCCGCCUCGAGCUCCCGGGCCGCCCCGCGGCAGGGGGCCCCUCUCGCGGGGCGCCCGGCUCCCCUCACCCGCUCCCGCCCCCUGGGCGGCCGUGGAGCCGAGGGGAGGGCAGGAAGGGCCUCCAGAGGAGAGCGGGCGGCCGCGAACGCGGGCUCCGCCACCCGAGCCGCUCCGUUACCGCAGCGGCGACGACGACCAGGGCCGUGUUGUUGCUGCCAACUUGUCGAGAGGACACUGAGCAUGCGCGCGCAGACACCACAUCCGGAUUCACAGAUGAAGAAACUAAGGCAAAAGAGAGACGAAAUAAUUUAUUCAAGACCACACUGCAGUUUUACUUCAGAGUCUGUGCUCCCAUCUACUACACCAGUGGUCCUCCCGAGGCGAAGACUGCCACCAUGUCCUGCCUGCGGGCCGCCACACACGAUGGGGUGUCGCUCCAGGACCUUGCUUCAGACGUGUCAAGGAGCUAUUCUAUGUUAUCUUCACAUUUACAUAAAAGCCAUUUGGAACUGAUUUUUGUGUACCAUCGUUUAAUGCAGGCAUCAAGGUAACUAUUUUUCAUUAUAGAUAUCUGACUGACCCUCCAUUU